AACAAAAAUGUGAGCACUUAUUCUGAUACCUCCCAUUUUAAAGCUUGCAGCAGCAGCAUUUGGGCCGUUUAAAGUAACCUUCCUGUCCAUCUCACACAGAAUUCGUUAUUGUUAGCAGCUGUGAAAUAUACCCAGCAUAGCAAACAUGGAAGCCUUGCUUAAAAAAGAGCUGGGGACUUCGAUGCUGAAAGCCUCCGGCCAUUCAGGAGGGGGCUGCAUCAGCGAAGGACAGAGCUACGACACUGACAGCGGACGGGUUUUUGUGAAAAUAAACCACAAGAGCCAGGCCAGACUCAUGUUUGAUGGAGAAGCGGCCAGCUUGGACGCCAUCUUUAAGACAGAGACAGUGAAAGUGCCGAAGCCAAUGAAGGUGAUUGACCUCAAGACCGGUGGCGCGGUGUUCGUCAUGGAGCAUGUGGACAUGAGGAGUCUGCAUAAAUAUUCUGCACUGUUGGGGGACCAGUUGGCCGAUCUGCACCUCCACAAUCAGAGGCAGAGAGAGCGGAGGGACAAGGAAGAGCAAACUGUUGGGAAAGGAUCAGGCCAGUCUGAUGUGCCCGUCAUUGAGAAGUAUGGCUUCCACACUACCACCUGCUGCGGUUACCUGCCACAGGUGAGCAGCUGUCCUAGGGUGCUGUCCCUGGCACAGACUGGGUUUGCUCAGACCGUGUGGUUUUGUGCACUGUCUCACCUGCGCAUUUCCUGUGCUGCGUUCACCCAGGUGAAUGACUGGCAGAGUGACUGGGUGGCCUUCUUCACCCAACAGAGGCUGCAGCACCAGCUGGGGCUGUUGGAGCAGUCCUGUGGAGACAGGGAGGCCCAGGAGCUAUGGAGCCAGCUGCAGCUCAAGAUCCCCAAGAUGUUUGAGGGGGCGCAGGUGCACCCCGCCCUGCUUCACGGGGACCUGUGGUCGGGCAACGUGGCCGAGUCCUCGGACGGCCCCGUCAUCUUUGACCCCGCCUCCUUCUACGGCCACGGAGAGUACGAGCUGGGCAUCGCCGGGAUGUUUGGUGGGUUCGGCAGCGCCUUCUACUCCGCCUACCACAAGAAGCUUCCCAAAGCGCCCGGGUUUGAGACGAGGAAGCAGCUCUACCAGCUCUUCCACUACCUGAACCACUGGAACCACUUCGGCAGCAGCUACAGGGGGUCCUCACUGCGCAUCAUGAGGGACCUCCUUAAGUAGCCAAUCGGCUAACUGCCUGAUGGACCAGGAGGUAGCUGCCUAUGUCUCUGUCUGAAGCCCAGGGCGGGUGUUCAGAUUGGCAAUGCUGAUUUUGCACAGCGCCAUUGUUUUUUUUCCGUUACAUACAACUAGAAAUACACAACUGACAGCCCCUGGGCAAGCAUUUCAUUGAGUUGUGAUGGCAUCCUGCCAUUUCAAAGUGUUCUAAAGAGAACGGAACUGAAAUAAUAAUUUAAAUGACAACUCUCAGUUUAAACAACUGAUAAUUGCUUCAGGCGAGAGCCAUUUAUUAUUCCACCUAACACUGUUAAUUAAAUUAAUAAUUAAAUUUUUAUGUUAAUUAUAGUUUAACUAUUUGCAGUGCAUUAGAUUUACCUUGAAGUAUUUGGGAUGGGGGUGAGUUUGCUUUUUAAAAUAAUAAUAGUUUUUCAUUUUAUUUCUUGAAAAAUGUAUCACAGGUUAUUGUGACUAUGUAGUCUUUACUGUCAUCCACUUAAAGCUUUAAGUAUAUGGUGUAAAAAUAUUGAACUUUUUUGAGGGUGCUGUCUGUUCUCAUGCCAUACAUUCUAAUGAGGUUGACAUCCUCUCAUUUGUGCUGUGAGCACGUGCCCUCCCCCACCCCAGAUCACUGCAGAAGAAUUGACAUCAGGCUCUGGUAGACAGGUUCCUGGGUUUACAAAUUGUAUUGUAAUUACAGACGUUAGUGCUGCAAGCGAAUAAAAUAUGAAAUGUAUACUGUU